UUCGCCCGCCUCAUUAAUUUGUCCAAUGAUCCCAGUCCAGGAUACAAUAUAGAAUUAGAGGCUCGCAAAGGUACUCGCUUUAUCCCACUUCCCUACACCGUCAAGGGGAUGGAUGUAUCAUUUGCCGGCAUCCUCUCCUAUCUUGAAGAGCGUCUACCCAGUUUGAUAUAUCAUUGUCAGCUCGGAGUAACGACCACAAAAUGUCGAGAAUCACCCAGUGCUGUAGGCGACAAUCCCGAUAGUGCUGAUAGUCAAGGCGGAUACACCACUGCCGAUUUAUGCUUUAGCCUCCAGGAGACAGUCUUUGCAAUGUGCGUGGAAAUCACAGAAAGAGCAAUGGCACAUUGUAAUUCCGAUGUAUGCUCACAGUUAAAUAUCGCACUUGUUUCUAGCUCACUUGGAUUCUUUCUUCCCUUCAUUUGCGUGUGA